ACUUGUGUUAGCUAUAAAACGGUCGAGAUUACAGCUCCGACCGCAGUUUCGAAUGCGAAAACUUAGAGAAUUAUCUAAAAAUGGGUUACGAUUUUAAUGGUAAAGUGGCCGUUGUUACUGGUGGUGCCGACGGCAUCGGUCUCUGCAUCGUUAAAGAGCUUUUGCUAAAUGGAGUCAAGGGCGUCGUUAUAGCGGACAUUAACGUCGUGCUUGGCGAGAAUGCUGUAAAAGAGUUGGGAACUGAUAGAACAUGUUUCAUCCGGACCGAUGUCACGAAUUCCGCUCAACUGGAAGAUAGCUUUAAACUGGCGAUCAGCACUUUCGGCGGAUUGGAUAUAGUUUGUAACAACGCAGGCAUCUUCAACGAAAGGAAUUGGCGUCUCACGAUUAAUGUUAAUAUUAAUGCCGUUGUGGAUGGAGUAUUGUUGGCUUUUAGAUAUUUGGGAAAGAACCAUGGAGGAAAAGGAGGAAUUAUUAUGUCAACAAGCUCUAUCUUCGGAGUGCAACCAAACCCAUGCGCUCCCAUCUACUCGGCCACCAAAUUCUUCGUUAAUAACUUGACUCGCGCCCUCGGAACUCCCUUCUACUACAACUUGACAGGUGUCAAAUUAGUCACGGUAUGCCCGGGUAUGACGGAGACCACGAUGCCUCUGGGUGCUCAGGGGUUGGAAGACAUGGAAGGCCUCCCGCAGUACAUGCAACAGAACUUCUCCAAGUUAAUACCGCAAACGGCCGAGCACGCAGCCAAAGGGGCGAUAAUUAUCAUGAAGGAAGGUGCGAACGGAAGCACUUGGGUCGUUGCUGAAAACAAACCCCCGUACGAGCACAAACCAGAUAUGCCCACAUCAAUUUAAACCAAACUUGUAUAACAAUAAAAAUAAUUUUAAGUAUUUGGAAACACAUUUUAAUAAAUGCACUUCUAAUUUGUA